UACUUCUGGCAACUCUAUUGUGCCAUGCUGUGUUUUUUGUAAACAAACUGAAAUGUCGUCGCCAAGUGAAUCCUCCUCCGCUUCGGAACCUGAGCCCAGCAGCGAUGAAGAGACACAGUCCACAAUUCGUGAGGAUCUUAAGACCAUGAGCCUCGAAGAGAUUAUGCAGCUGAAAGAGCAGCUUGGAGCCAAAGUAUACAAGGAGGCGGUGCUAGGUGGCAAAAGCGGAAAGGCGCGAGCCAAACAGGUUAAAGGCAAAACAGAACUAAAACGUCUGAACAAGAAUCGUCCGCGUGAGAUAAGCUCCAGGCGACAGGUACCAUUUUUGGGAGCGGAAUUACGUGUGGAACGCAAAAAGACCAAUGAGUUGCGUGAUCCACGCUUUGACGAGAAGUCAGGAAACUUUAGUAUAGACACUUUCAAGAAAAAUUACAAAUUCGUCUCCAAAAUACGCACCAAGGAAGUGGGCCAAUUGAAAAAGCAGCUGGACGAUGUGGCCGACGAUGAGGAGAAGCAGAAAAUCAAACACUCCAUGCAGCGCCUGAUCAACAAAAAUGUUGAGGACAAGAAAUGGCACCUUAAGCAGCAUAUACUGAAAAAAGAAAAACAGGAAAUUCAAAAGGCUCACAACGAAGGCCGCGAACCUCACUACCUGACCAAGCAGGAACGUCGUGCCAAGGAGUUGGUGGCCCAAUAUGAACAUCUCAAGAGUACUGGAAAGCUAAAUAAACAUCUAGAGAAGCGCCGCAAGAAGAAUGCUGCUAAAGAUCGCAAGCGCAUUGGCAUAGAAUAGAAUAGUUGCCUAGAUAAUUUAAUUUUACAUCUUUAUUAACAAUUAAAACGGAAAACAAGA